AAAUUUGUAAUUAAAGAUCAAAUUAUCAAUUCUCAAAUCUAUAAACACCUGCACACGGACGAUUACGACACCACAACUAGCUCAGAGGCGGCUGAGUGUCAAACCACCAACGAAGCCGUAAACGCCGAGCAGGCUUCAAUUUAAGGUCUUCAGGCGGUUUGCGAAUAGAGUGAGAGACUUCCGUCUUCAAUUCUUUAGCUCCUUCGCAGUUCGCAAAUCUUUGUAGCAAUUUACAGGCCGUAGACACGGAUAAUUGAGGCUAAGACCUAAAGUCAUGCUUUCAGGAGUAGCUUUUUCUUCAACAACCAUGUGGUGUGGUCAAGUAACGUUAAAAACUCGCCGCCACCGCCUGGCCUCCCCGGCGCAACUGGAGUAAUGAAUGGGCAUGCCACCUUUGGUCAUCAAGAAGAGGUCCUCGCCGCAGCAGUCGGAGAAGACCACCAUGAUGAGAAGAAGGAAGACGUCGUCCGAGUAAGCAAUUGGUAUUAUCAGCGGAAGCAGCUGCUGGAGAAGAAAUUGCCAGCAAGCAUUACCGGGGAUCGCAAACACAACUCAUCCCCGCCCUCACCCAUCGCAGCACCUAACAGGCACGAUCCGAUCAAGCCGCCCAGCGGCUCCCAUAAGAUGAUUGAAGAUGAGGGCAAAACUCUUCAGGUGGAGGAGCUGGCUACCAAUCCAUAGAGUUUUACGUACGAGAAGCGUAACUCACCUGAUAGGAAAAGAGUGUCACAUGAGAGAAAUCCAGAUUCAACUAGCUCCAAAAAAUGACUUGGAUCGAGCUCACUCCCUUUCCAUCAAAGCGUAAUUAAAGGCUUAAAACUUCAUUUACAUUGUUUUAAAUAAUUUUCUAGUCGGUCAGUGGGGGAUGGUAUUUGUUAAGACUAUUCAUGUGAACACCCAAAAGUUUGAAAAUAAAAUGUGAAAAUAACAUAAUAAUUU